CCCACGAAGGCAACGUGCCCUUUUGGCUUCAGCGCCCACCUCCCCGCCGGCGGACCUCCUUCCUUCUCCUCGUCCUCCUCGUCCUCCUCCUCCUCGUCGUCGUCGUCGUCCUCCUUCAGACUUCUGAGAACAAAGGACAAUAUAUUUUCCUUGUGGUUUCAAGAGAUUUGACGAACUUGAUGUCUUUUCAGUACUGCAUAUUUCAGCUGUGGUAGAAGCUGCUACAUUAAAAUAAAGUGUCACACAUCCAAGAAGCUUGGAGCAUGGCUAUGAGCAAUGGGAACAAUGACUUUGUGCUUCUGAGCAAUGGCAGCAUCCCACCCAGUGCUAACAGCCCCAGUCACCUUACAGCCUGUGAUGGAGACACUGCAGUCCAACAGCUCCCAGCCAAGGAAGCGCCAAGAACGAAAGUGAGUCUAAAUGGAUGCCUCCAAGUUAAUGGUACAAUAAAGCCAUCCUUUCUGCCUUUAGACAACCAAAGAACUCCCCAGAUGGUAUCCCCAUGCUGCCAUCCUUGCCCAUACCAUCACCCUUUCAGUGGCCACAGCAGCCACCAAGAGUGUCAUUCCCGGGCUGGCAGCACUGCUCCAUCACCUUUGACUUCGUGUUGCAUGCAGUCACACACAGAGUAUUCCACAUCCAUCUGUCAAAAUCAUUCAGCCAUGUACCAGACUACCUGCUGUCUUCAACCCUCCCCAUCGUUCUGCCUUCAUCAUCAAUGGCCUGACCAUUUGCAGCAUCAAUCAGUGCAGCAGCAUAUAUCCAAUAUCAGGCCAGCCAGACCUUUCAAGUUACCAAAAAGUUAUGCAGCCUUGAUAGCUGACUGGCCUGUGGUCGUACUGGGAAUGUGCACUGUACUAAUCGUGGUUUGUGCCCUGGUUGGAUUAUUAGUGCCAGAUCUUCCUGAUUUCUCUGAUCCAUUGCUGGGUUUUGAACCAAGAGGGACAGCAAUAGGUCAGAGGCUGGUCACAUGGAAUAACAUGGUGAAAAAUACCGGGUACAAAGCAACCUUAGCAAAUUAUCCUUUUAAAUAUGCAGAUGAACAAGCCAAAAGCCAUCGGGAUGACAGAUGGUCAGAUGAUCACUAUGAGAGGGAGAAAAGGCAAGCCGAUUGGAACUUCCACAAAGACAGCUUUUUCUGUGACAUUCCAAGUAACCGCUACUCAAGAGUGGUGUUUACUUCAGUGGGAGGAGAAGGCCUAUGGAACUUGCAUGCAAUUAAAUCAAUGUGCAAUGUAGAUAAUAUGAAGAUCAGAUCCCAUGCCCAAUUUGGCGAUCUCUGCCAGAGGACCACUGCUGCUUCGUGUUGUCCCAGCUGGACCCUGGGCAACUACAUUGCCAUUCUAAACAAUAGAUCAUCCUGUCAAAAAAUAGUAGAACGAGAUGUUUCCCAUACCCUGAAGCUGCUUCGUACGUGUGCCAAAUACUACUACAAUGGAACCCUGGGACCAGACUGUUGGGAUAUGGUAGCCAGAAGGAAGGACCAGCUUAAGUGUACAAACGUGCCUCGUAAAUGUACAAAAUACAAUGCGGUUUACCAGAUCCUCCACUACCUAGUAGACAAAGACUUUCUGAGCCCAAAGACAACCGACUUGGCUGUGCCAGCUUUAAAAUACAGCAUGCUCUUUUCUCCUACAGAAAAAGGCGAGAGCAUGAUGAGCAUUUAUUUGGACAAUUUUGAGAACUGGAACUCGUCCGAUGGUAUAACCACCAUAACAGGAAUUGAGUUUGGAAUCAAGCACAGUUUGUUUCAAGAUUACCUUUUAAUGGAUACUGUGUAUCCUGCCAUAGCUAUUGUGAUUGUCCUCUUAGUCAUGUGUGUCUACACCAGGUCCAUGUUUAUCACCCUGAUGACCAUGUUUGCAAUAAUUAGUUCAUUGAUUGUUUCGUAUUUUCUCUAUCGGGUCGUAUUUAACUUUGAAUUUUUUCCUUUUAUGAACCUGACUGCACUAAUCAUUUUGGUUGGGAUUGGAGCAGAUGAUGCUUUUGUCUUGUGCGAUGUUUGGAAUUACACAAAGUUUGAUAAGCCUCAUGCUGAAACAUCUGAAACAGUGAGCAUCACCUUGCAACAUGCUGCUCUCUCCAUGUUUGUCACCAGUUUUACCACUGCAGCUGCCUUUUAUGCCAAUUACGUUAGCAAUAUCACAGCAAUCAGGUGCUUUGGCGUUUAUGCUGGAACCGCCAUAUUGGUGAAUUAUGUGCUAAUGGUAACCUGGCUCCCCGCAGUAGUUGUACUUCACGAGCGGUAUCUCCUCAAUAUAUUCAGUUGCUUCAGAAAGCCUCAGCAGCGACUUUAUAGCCACAAAAGUUGCUGGACAGCGCUGUGCCAAAAGUGCCACAAAGUUCUUUUCACCAUUUCCGAGGCAUCUCGAAUUUUUUUUGAGAAAGUGUUGCCGUGUAUCAUCAUUAAGUUCCGCUACGUUUGGCUGUUCUGGUUCUUUGCCUUAACCAUAGGUGGGGCGUACAUUGUGUGUAUUAAUCCAAAGAUGAAACUCCCAUCAUUAGAACUCUCCGAGUUCCAGGUGUUCAGGUCUUCUCACCCCUUUGAACGUUACGAUGCAGAGUACAAAAAGCUUUUCAUGUUUGAACGCGUCCACCACGGUGAGGAACUCCAUAUGCCCAUCACGAUAAUCUGGGGCGUAUCCCCUGAAGACAAUGGGAAUCCGCUAAACCCUAAGAGCAAAGGGAAGCUGAGGCUAGAUAGCAGUUUCAACAUUGCCAGCCCCGCUUCCCAAGUCUGGAUCUUACGCUUUUGCCAGAAGUUAAGAAAUCAGACUUUCUUUCACCAAACAGAUGAACAAGACUUUACAAGUUGCUUCAUUGAGACCUUCAAGCAGUGGAUGGAAAACCAGGACUGUGAUGAGCCAGCUCUUUACCCGUGCUGCAGCCACUGGAGCUUUCCCUAUAAGCAGGACAUUUUUGAGCUGUGCAUCAAGAGGGCAAUCAUGGAGCUUGAGAGGAGCACUGGGUACCAUUUGGACAGCAAAACCCCAGGCCCGAGGUUUGACAUUAAUGACACCAUCAGGGCUGUAGUGUUGGAGUUCCAGAGCACCUACCUCUUCACCUUGGCGUACGAAAAAAUGCAUCAGUUCUACAAAGAGGUGGACUCGUGGAUUUCAGACGAGCUCAGCUCAGCACCAGAAGGCCUUGGGAAUGGCUGGUUUGUCAGCAACUUGGAGUUCUACGACCUUCAGGAUAGUCUGUCAGAUGGCACCCUCAUCGCCAUGGGCCUCUCCGUGGCGGUCGCAUUCAGCGUCAUGCUCCUUACAACUUGGAACGUAAUAAUCAGCCUUUAUGCAAUCGUUUCAAUAGCCGGAACUAUCUUUGUUACGGUCGGUUCCCUGGUGCUCCUCGGGUGGGAGCUGAAUGUGUUAGAGUCUGUCACAAUUUCAGUAGCCGUGGGCUUGUCUGUGGACUUUGCGGUCCAUUACGGGGUUGCCUACCGGUUGGCUCCUGACCCUGAUCGAGAAGGAAAGGUGAUCUUCUCUCUAAGCCGCAUGGGCUCUGCGAUUGCCAUGGCUGCCCUGACCACUUUCGUGGCUGGUGCAAUGAUGAUGCCCUCCACGAUUUUAGCUUACACCCAGCUCGGCACUUUUAUGAUGCUAAUCAUGGGCAUCAGUUGGGCUUUCGCCACCUUCUUUUUCCAGUGCAUGUGCCGGUGCCUCGGGCCCCACGGUACCUGCGGCCAGAUUCCGUGGCCCAAAAAGCUGCAGUGUAACACCUUCUCCCACGCUCUGUCUACAAGCCAAGAGGACAAGGGCCAGAGCAAAGCACGCGCUCUGAACAAAUAUCAGUUAGACUCUAGAGGUCAGAAGCCUGACCUGGAGCAUGAGUUUUAUGAGCUGGAGCCUCUGGCAUCACAUAACUGUAGUACUUCAGAGAAGGCAGCAUAUGAAGAAACCCACAUCUGCUCUGAAUUUUUCAGUGGCCGGCUGAAGAACAUGGGAACCCCAGCACUUGCCACCUACAACAGUGAGCUCAACGAAAGCAUCGGAAGUGAAACUGGCUCUGCCUUGGGGCAGCCCUCUACUGAACAGCACUCUGUGUGCCAGCUCUUCCCCGUGAACAGGAGAAGUAGCUGCCCGAAUGCCUACAAGCAGUUGGGUGUGAGGUGCACUCCUCACUCAUGCCAACAGUCAGCCAACUGUCUGUGCUACCAGUGCGUUCCUGGAGCUGGAAACUUCAUGCAAAUCCAAAAUAACGCGGCCCCCCCAAGUGCUGCGCCUCAGGCCACUGGAGGAUUCGUGCAACCCAUUCAGCACAUCUGUCACUGCCACUGUCUUCAAGGUAGAAUAAAAAGACCAGUAAUGCAGAGCUCUCUGCCUAGAAAUUUUUUUCUUCACUCAAUCCAACACACCCCCUCGCAUGAAAGAAUGAACAAGACGAAUGCACAUAGCAUCCGGAGCCCAGAGGAGACCUCGAAGAUUCCUCCAAAGACGACAGACUCCCAGCCGGUUAUCUGCAGAAGCACUGGGUCUUUAAUAAAACCGUGCUGUGAUCCUCAGAGUAGUACGUUACCAAACCAAAGGGACCUCCUGUGUAAAAAUGGAGACGCUUGUGAUUUUGGAAGUACAGAAGUAAAUGGGAAUGAAAACAUGGGCACUUACUUAGUGAAACAGAUGGACAAGCCUGAAAGCAUGGCAGAUCAGAGUCUGCCACAGACUGAUGCUAUGGUAAAUUCAGAGCAAGGAAACCAAAAUGACCAAAAGCUCAUAUUGAACAGUUCUGUGACAGCGAUUGGUUACGUGUCUUGCCCUAAGAAUUCACUGUGUUGUAACAGAAUUGUAAAAAUAAAGUGCAGUUCUGUUGACUGUCAAAUGCCAAACAUUGAAGCCAAUGUGCCUGCUGUAUUAACCCAUUCAGAACUUUCCAAUGAAAGUUUGUUAAUAAAAACGCUAUAA